AUCUCUAAUUGUGGGUGGGUGAGAGAAGAGAAGCUGCUCCUGUGAAGCGGGGCUCUGCUACACCUCCGAAAGGGUGCUGGCUUCUUUCUUUUUUUAAUGUGCUCAGUAGGCCAGAGUAUUGGGAAGGACAGGCGUAUUUAAUGAUCAGUGACAAAAUAGAUUCGUGCUUCUAUAUGCAUUUAUUUCAGUAUAUUUAGAUCAGCACAAAAGUGAUGCUCUAAAUUAAAGCUUCGCUCCUGAGCCACACAGCCAAAGAGAAAAGGUGAAAGAGAAUCACAGCCCUUUAGGGUUAGAGUUGGAAGCGGAGACGGAGGCGGUGGCGAAUUAGUGUCAUAGAAAUAUUGUACAGCCGGGAGCAGAGGUGAUGCUUUGAAUGAAAAUCCAGGUCUUCAAACAACCUGACCAUUGUGGAAGGUGACAGGCGCCAGCACAGCACUGAUGCUUUGAAUGAAAAUUGAGAUCUUCGAAUACCCAAACAAUUUUGCAAGUGAGAGAUCGGGCUCAUUUGCCUGAAAGCAAUAAGGACAAAAAAGAAGAAAAGGAAAAACUUGUAAUGCUCUGCAAGCCGUUCAUCAGUAUGGAUGGACCCAAGAUGGCGGAUUAGGGGCAGCCACCCAACUGUCUCUCAACAUUCCCCUCCAAGCAACGUUAAAGUAAAGCCUCAAAUCAAAUUUUGGAGCAGCAGAGCCAACAAAAGAUUGGAGUGAGACAUUUUUCAGGACCAAGAAAACUUAAGUGAUCAGCAGAAGUUUGUGACUCACAGGUGAAGGUUUGUUUGAAGUCUCACCCCCUCACAGGUGGUGAUAGUAACAGUGUAUACUGCAAUAGCUUCAGGGGCUCUUAGCCCAAAGACGAUAAGGGUUUGAACAAUUGGUCAGACAGAGAUUACAGAGGACUUUUUACAGGAUAUAGCUGAAGCUAACUGGUAACUCUAUUAUUUAGUCUGUUCUGGCCUACAAUUCCAGGGUGGAAAGGAGCCUUGGUAGUUGGUUACAAGGGAGCAAAGACCCUAGUCACAGUUUCAAAGCAAACAGGAGUGCUAAUUCUUGUGUUUGCAGGGGACCACGGUGCUUCGUGGACAAAGAUCAGAAUAUAGACCAGGAGAACAAGUGAGCACAAUUCUCCCAGGAUCACUUCACCUUGCAAAUAUCAAAAAAUUGCAGAUCCCCAGAACUAGGUCUAAAAACAGUAGUGUGAAAAUAGCUUGAAUCUUGGCAAAGUACUUCUCCACUGGGGCAGAAAGUUCAAAGACAAGAGAUAGGAUAGGGGAAUGAGCAAACAGAAAAAGAGCUUCACCAUAAGAAGUUCUUUCGUUGGAAGGGAAGACCACGACAGAAAGGGAGACGAAGACUACAAUAUGAAAUCUGCUUCAAAAAAAGGGUCAAAGAAAAAUGCUAACUGGUCCCAUCUUGACCAAGAUUUUAUGGAUGAGUUGAAAAAGGAGGUAAGAGUAGUAGAGGAAAAAAUGGGGAAAGAAAUGAGAGUGAUGCAAGAAAAUUAUGAAAAGAAAGUUAGCAGUUUGGUAAGAGAGGCACAAAAGAAUACUGAAGAAAAUAGCACCUUAAAAAACAAAUUAGGUCAGAUGGUAAAAGAGGCACAAAAAUCCACUGAAGAGAAGAACUCCUUAAAAAUCAAAAUUGGCAUAAUGGAAAAGGAUGUACGAAAAUUCACUGAUGAAAAGAAUUUCUUAAAAAGCAGAAUUGGACAAAUGGAAAAGGAGGUACAACAUCUCACUGAAGAAAAUAGGUCCCUAAAAAUUAGAAUGGUGCAAGUAGAAGCUAAUGACUCCAUGAGGCAUCAAGAAACAAUGAAACAAAGACAAAAGAGUGAAAAAAUAGAACAAAAUGUGAAAUAUCUCAUCAGAAAAACAACUGACCUGGAAAAUAGAUCAAGGAGAGAAAAUUUAAGAAUUAUUGGACUACCUGAAAGCCAUGAUCAAAGAAAGAGCCUAGAAGUCAUGUUGCAAGAAAUUAUCAGAGAAAACUGCCCUGGUGUCUUAGAUCCAGAUGGUAAAAUAGAAAUUGAAAGAAUCCAUCGAUCACCUCCUGAAAGAGAUCCCAAAAUCAAAACUCCCAGGGAUAUUAUAGCCAAAUUGCAAAAUAACCAGCUCAAAGAGAGAAUACUUCUAGCAGCCAGAAAGAAGCAGUUCAAAUAUCGUGGAGUCACAGUCAGGAUCACCCAAGACUUAGUAUCUUCCACAUUAAAGGAACGUAGGGCUUGGAAUAUAAUAUUCCGGAAGGCAAAGGAUCUGGGAUUCCAACCAAGAAUAACCUACCCAGCAGUACUGAGUGUAAUCAUUCAAGGGAAAAAAUGGUCGUUUAAUGAAAUAGAAGACUUCCAAGCAUUCCUGAUGAAAAGACCAGAUCUUAAUAGAAAAUUUGACAUUCAAAGAGAAGACCCAAGGAGGUACAGAAGAGUAUACAUGAAAAAGUAAUCAUAAGGGACUCAAUCCAGUAAACUGCUAACAUUCCUAUAUGUAACUUUUAAGAAUUUUCAUCAUUAUUAAGACAGUUUUUUUAAGUUUACAUAGACAGAGGGCAUGAGUCAAUUAUGUUAGAAUGAUCUCCAAAAAUUAAGGAGCAAGAAAAAGCAGGGUGGGGGGGAGGGAGAGAUUUAAUGGGGGAAAUUUUUCUCAAGAGUUGCACAAGAAAAAAACUUUUACAAUGGACAGGAAAACGAGGGGAGGUCAGACAGUGUUUGAAUCUCACUUACUUCUGAAUUUCUUCAAACAGGAAAGAAGAAUAUAUAUACAAAUAGUUGUAUAUAGAAAUGUAACUUAAUAGGGGAAUAGGAAUAGAAGGGAAUAUUAGAAAGGAGGGAAGAUGAAAGGGAGGACAAAUUAAGGAAGACACUGUUUAGCAGCAAAAAAGACUAUUGAGGAAGAAAAAGAUGAAAUGAGGGAGAAGAAACAGAAGAAAAUGGAAUGAAGAAAAAAACACAAUUGGUAAUCAUAACCAAAUAUGAAUGUGAUGAGGUUACCAGUAAAAUGGGAGCAGAUAGCAGAAUUGAUUAGAAACCAGAAUCCAACACUAUAUUGUUUCAAGAGACAUUUAAAACACACACACACACACACACACACACACACACAGAGUAUUAAAAUAAAAGGUGAAGCAAAAUCUGUUAUACUUCAGCUGAAAUAAAAAAGCAGGGCUAGCAAUCAUGAUCUCAGACAAAGCAGAAAAAAACAGACCUCAUUAAAGACUCAUUCUCACAUAUAUACUGAAUAUAGAACUGAGUCAAGUUUGUGAAAAUAAGAGCCAUUUCUCAAUUGGUAAAUGGUCAAAGGAUAUGAAUGGGCAGUUUUCAGAAGAAGAAAUCAAAGCUAUCUCUAGUCUUAUGAAAAAAAUUCCCUAAAUCAUUAUUGAUUAGAAAAUUGCAAAAUAACACAACUGAACUACCACCUCAUACCUAUUAGAACUGACAAAUGCUGAAGGGAAUGAGGAAAAAAUAGGUACAUUAAUAAAAUUUGGUGGCAUAGUGAAGCAUUCUCGAGAACAACUGGAAACUAGGUUCAAAAGACUAAAAAUCUGUUCAUACUCCUUGAUCCAACAAAACCAUUAAUGGGUCUGUAUCCCAAAGAGAAAAGGAAGUGGAAAAUUACUGAUAGCAGCUCUUUUUUGUGGUGGCAAAGUACUGGAAAUCAAGGAGAUGCACAUCAGUUAAAGAAUGGCUGAACAGAGUUGUGGCAUAUAAUUGUUUUGCUAUAAGAAAUAACAAAGGGAGUGGUUUCAGAAAAAAAAGAAAACAUGACAAAAACUAUAUGAACUGAUAUUAAAUGAAGUAAAAAUGAGGAGAUCAUUGUAACAUAAUACCCGCAAUGUUGUAAUGGUAAUCAACUGUGAAAGAUUUGUCUACUGUGAUCAAUACAACAAUCAAGGCAAUUCCAAAGGACUCAUGAAGAAAAAAUGCUAUCCAUGUCCACAGAGAGAAUUGAUGAAUUCUUGAGUACAAAUUGAAGUAUAAUUUUGUCAUUUCCCUUAUUUUUUCUUGCUUUUUAAUGUAAAUAUGGCUAAUAUGGAAAUAUGUUUAGUGUGAUUUCACAUGUAUAGUUGAUACUGUUUUUGCUUGUGUCAUUGGUGGGUGUGGGAGGGUGUGGGAGGGAGGGAGAUAAUUUGGAACUUAAAAAUAAACAAAGAAAAGAAUAUUAAAAAUAAAUAGUAAAUUAAAAUGUUAAUUUUUUUUAGUAUGCAUUGGUGAUUAAAAAAAUCUCACAUCCUUAACCACAUAGCCUUAAGGGUAUAGUGAAAAUAGUGUUUUAUUUGUUGGCCACUGGAAAAAAAAUGCCAAAAAGCCCAAAAAUCUGUACAUGAAAACCAAUGCAAUUCUAUGCAUUUACUUCAUUAAUGAAGAUAGCUAUUGGUAGUAGUAUUAGUGAUAAUGAAUAUUGAGUAUUUUUGGUCAUUAAAACUUGUUAAGUGAUAAGAAAUUAUAAGUGGAGAUGUCUCAUGUUUGGAAAUCAAUAUAUAGAUGAGAUUCAAGUGUGUAGUUAAAAUAUAAAAUAAACUUUAGUAAAAAAAAAUUAUAGAUCUUAGAUGUGUGUUCCUUUAGAUAACAGAAUGCCAUUUGUGUGAAGGCCCUUAGAACACUGAGUGUCUGAGUUUCCAGGUAUUGUUGAAGGAGGCAAGCUAGUGUUUAGCUAGAACUUAGAAUACAGAAUUUCCAAGCAUGGUAGUAAGUCCCACCUUUGAAAAGAACAAUUUGGAAUUUAAGGAAUAUGAAACCAAAAUCUUAAACAAAUAGCAUAGAAUAUCUGAAUACAGAAUCCUUAACUGAAUGAGGUUGUAGAAAGAGAAAGGUCAGUUUGGGGACUGAUUAGAACAGAGAGAGUGGGAGAUAUUCAAAAGCUGAUUAGGGAAAAUGAAGAAAUAGAAUUUUAGGACAAUAUCAGCUCCAAGAGGACCUAUGGAGAAGAAAAUGAGAUUGAGGAGAGACUUCAGAAGAAUGAAUUUCUGAUCCAGGAGAGAAUAAAAGAAGUUAGGACUAGUGUGUCCUGAAAUUUUCCAUAUUCCAUAGUGGUGAGGACUUUGAGAACCUAACUCAUCUGCCUUCAAAUGCAAAAUGGCACAAAUUUUAAUGAUUAAUUUAAAUAUAUUCUGGUGGGCAAAAAUAUUUUCCUGUUCUAGGUAAACAAAGAAUGAGGAGAAAUUAGAAUUUCUGUAUAGGAGUAAUCAUUUACUUCAAUUUAAUUUAUUUUAAACUUCCCUGAAGCUCAAAAAAAAAAUCUUCCACCACACAGCCAAAAAAGGUUUGGUGAAAGUACUGAUGAUUUUGACUAAUUAAAAAAAUCCCCAGAUGAGAUCAUGUACCAACACUUCUUUGAUAAAGACAACCAUUUAUAUGAUUAGUGAAGAUAAUGAAUGUGCAGUAUUUUUGAACACAAAAACCCAAGAUGUCAAUUCCCAAAGCUUCAUAAGAGACAGAAUUAAUGUUUCUAGUUCAUGAUUUCUGUAAGUUAUUAAGUGCACCGUUAUGAAAAUAUAUUUAAAAAACUUUUAAAAAAUAAAUUUUAUAAUCAAUCAUAGUUCAUCAUAGGAUGGUUCUUUGGAACCCAAAAUGUCAUGUCUUGGAAUUUUCUUAGUACUCUGACAGUCUGGGCUAAUAGGUUCCAUUCAAAGGUAAAUGUUGGGAGGUGGCUGAGAGUUAGCCAAAUUUUCCUAGAUAGGAUUAAAUCCCACUUCUGAAUUUCUGAAAUUUGGGAAUAUGAGAGCAAAAAUAAAAACCUUAGAAUACAAAAGAUAAGCCCUUUGAAUGGACUACAGAUAAUUCUUUAUGAUAAAUGGGAGCUCUCUAAGACCAUGAAUCAGAACCUGACCUGGUAAAGCCUUAGUAUGGAAAAUAAUUAUAAGAGGCAAAAAUUUAUUUUCAUA